AGCUUAUUGCAGUUUUCUGCUUAUCUGGGGCGCUUAGAUAGUUAACCAAGCUUAUCUUAACGAGUUACGCCCUGUGAGCCGAGGUUCAGAGGAGAACGAAGUACAAGAUGACCCUGGACCGGUGACCAUAUCCAAAAUCAAAAGUUGAGAUUCUUUCACCACGAUCGCAUUGACAACCGACUUUGUUAAUUUCAAAGUUCCAGUGCCAUUGAAGUGUCCGUCAUACUGGCAUUGGGAAAUCAACAAUCUGCCACCCCUCAAUGCCUGAUCGAGUAGCUGAUCUCGAGGUUUUCGAGGCCAUACCAUGGUGCCAACCAAUCCUUCAAGACCCAGACUUUGAGCUUGCGUCCACCUGGUCGCGGACAUAUGUCGCAGAAUCUAGAGAAAACGAACUUCUUGGACACACUCUAAAGAACGACAACACGAUACGAGGCUGGAUCUCACUCUACAAUCGACCGACUCAAACCCGUCCCCUGAAAGACGAAGUGCACACGCUGAUGAGCCUGGAUCAAGGCCUCAACGGCUACCCACGAGUGAUCCACGGAGGAAUUACUGCGACGAUCCUGGAUGAGGUCCAGAGCAUAUUGGUGUCGGUGUGUCUGGAAUCAGCAGGCCUGUCGCCCGACAAUGUCACCGCGGACUUGCGCAUUACUUAUCUCAAGCCGAUCGUUCUACCGUGUGUUGUCCUUAUCAAGGCGAAAAUCAAAGACAUCAAGGGAAGGAAGUACUUUGCAGACGCCGAGAUUGUGAAUGAAAAGGCCGUGGUCCUGGCUCGUGGGGAGGGUCUGUUUGUCACCGUGGGCCGAGAAAAGCUAUAGACUUGAAGAACUUUUGGACCGAGAUGAUGGUGUCUAUGGAGUCUCGCUAGAGGAAGAUCAGGCCAUGAUCGAAAUGAAUGAUUUUGUCAAUCCAUCGACGCGUCGCAGCGCGUUUGUCCCUAGGUCAAAACCAGGCUCGU